AUGAGUUUUCUUUCCCAUCUAAUGCUUCAGGCCACCUUAUUACUUGUCCCGAUGUUUUUCAGAUGCAUGUUUCUUGGAGUAGAGUCAGCCGCGUUGAGUCUUGUUACAGAUAAGGAAGCCUUGAUCUCUCUCAAGUCUGUUAUAAGCGAAGAUCCUUCAAACCACCUCUCUUCUUGGGACAAAGGCACAUCCCCAUGCAACUGGACAGGAGUUGUCUGCAACAAGUCUGGCCAGAGAGUGGUUGGCCUUGAUCUUUCUGGUUUUAAACUUGUAGGGUCAAUUAGCCCUCAUAUUGGUAAUCUCUCCUUCAUCCAAUCCCUUCAACUCCAAGAUAAUCAAUUUACAGGGAUGCUUCCUGAUCAGAUUGGCAAUCUCUUUCGCUUGGAAGUUCUGAACAUCAGCUUUAACAGAAUAGAAGGUGUGCUCGCCUCAAAUGUAAGCCAAUGGACUCAGCUCAAGAUCCUUGAUUUGACUGAAAACCUUAUUGAAGGAAGAGUUCCUGUAGAGCUUAGCUACUUGACGAAGCUCGAAGUCUUGAAGUUGGGAAAAAACCGACUUUCUGGUGCAAUUCCGCCUUCAAUAGGUAACCUUUCCUCACUCUUCGAUAUAAAUUUCAGAACCAACAAUCUCAGCGGCAUAAUACCAAGUGAAUUGGGACGCCUUCAAAAUUUGAAGGAACUUGAUCUCACAGAUAACAGUUUGUCUGGCAUCAUUCCUCCAUCAGUAUACAACAUAUCCUCUCUAGUUUACUUUCGCUUAGGUCAAAACCAACUAUCGGGUGAAAUUCCCGGAGAUGUUGGGAUUAAACUCCCAAAUCUUUUAGAUUUCUUUGUUUGCGUCAACAAACUUACCGGACAUAUUCCAUGGUCCUUGCACAAUCUCACCAAUAUACGCAGCAUCCGCAUCGCGCGCAACUUUCUAGAAGGAACAGUACCGCCGGGACUGGGAAAUCUCCCAGCUCUUCGAAUGUAUAACAUUGGUUAUAAUAGGAUUAGAUCAAGUAAAGAUCAUGGUGUCAAAUUCAUUACUACUUCUUUGACAAAUAGCACUCUCCUCGAGUACCUUGCAAUUGAUGGCAACCAUUUGGAGGGUGAGAUUCCAGAAUCAAUAGGCAAUCUUUCUAAAGUUCUGUCAAGGUUAUACAUGGGAGGGAAUCGUAUUUACGGUAACAUUCCCACGUCCAUUGGUCGCCUUAGAAGCCUGGAAUUGCUGAAUUUAACCGACAAUUUGAUUUCAGGUGAAAUUCCACCUGAAAUAGGCCGAUUGGAGAAACUGCAGAUAUUGGGUUUGGCAAAAAAUCGAAUUUUUGGCAGUAUUCCAAAUUCUUUAGGUGAUCUCCAAAAGUUAACUCAAAUUGAAUUAUCAGGAAAUAGUUUGGUGGGUAAAAUACCCCCUGCUUUUGGAAACUUCAAGAAUAUUCUUUCCAUUGACCUAUCUAACAACAGAUUCAAUGGGAGCAUACCUAAAGAAUUGUUGAAUCUCCCCAGUUUGAGCACUGUUUUGAAUCUAUCUGAGAACUUUCUAAGUGGACCUAUACCUGAAGAAAUUUCUCUAAGAAGUGUCAAAACCAUUGACCUUUCUGACAACCUUCUGUCUGGUAGUAUCCCCAGCUCAAUCCAAAGCUGUGAAAGCUUGGAAAAAUUAUUCAUGGCCAGAAACAUGCUCUCAGGUCCAAUUCCAGAUACCAUGGAAGAAGUGAAAGGCCUGGAUACUCUAGAUCUCUCCUCCAACCAACUUUCUGGCUCUAUCCCCGUUGAACUCCAAAACCUCCAGGCCUUAACAUCCUUGAACCUGUCUUUCAAUAAUUUGGUUGGGAUUGUUCCCAGCGGCGGAGUUUUUAGUAAUGUCUCUCAAGUCCAUUUGGAAGGCAACCCAAUGCUUUGCCUGCAUUUUGCAUGUGUCAAUAGUCAAGGGCGUCGAGGAAGAACAGUAGUCAAAGUUCUUGUCAUAACAAGUAUCCUUGUAACAUUGGUCCUUUGCGUUAUAUUUGGCUCACGGUUGUACAUAAAGAGAAGGAAACCAACGAUGGAAAAAACUUCUGCUGAAACCUUCAUAGGACAGCAUCAAAUGGUGUCCUACAAUGAAAUCCGUCAGGCGACUGGAAAUUUCAACCAAGAAAAUUUUAUUGGCAAAGGGAGCUUUGGGACAGUUUAUAAAGGCUAUCUUUGGCAAGGAAUCGCUAUCGCAGUUAAAGUCCUGGACAAUGAGAAGAAGAGCUCUUGGAAGAGCUUUUUGGCAGAAUGCAAGGCUUUGAGGAAUGUUAGGCAUCGGAAUCUUGUUCGACUCAUCACAUCAUGCUCUAGCAUAGACUUCAAGAACAUGGAAUUUUUGGCUCUGGUGUACGAAUUUAUGAGUAAUGGCAGCUUAGAAGACUGGCUAGAAGGCAAGAGGAAGCAUGUAAAUGGGCAUGCGCUGAAUGUUCUGGAGAGAUUGAACGUGGUCAUUGACGUUGCUUGUGGAUUAGAUUACUUGCACCAUGACUGUGAAGUUCCAGUGGUGCAUUGUGAUUUGAAGCCCAGCAACAUCCUUUUGAGUGAAGACAUGACUGCAAAGGUAGGAGAUUUUGGUCUUGCCAGGUUGCUAAUUGAAAGAACAGGCAAUCAAUCCCAUAUUAGCUCCACAAAUGCUCUAAAGGGAUCCAUAGGUUACAUACCUCCAGAGUAUGGUUUGGGAGAAAAAAUAUCAACUUCUGGAGAUGUGUACAGCUUCGGGGUAAUGCUGCUCGAGCUCUUCACUUGGAAGAACCCAACACACGAGAGCUUCAGUGGAGGCCAAAACCUAACCAGAUGGGUGCAGUUAGGUUUCCCAUCCAACGUGAAACAAGUACUCGACCCUGUGAUGCUAGCUCAGAUGAGCAGCCUUGACCACAUUGAGAAACACAUAAACCCUGAUGCUCAACACGAAUGCCUCAUCACAAUCCUUGGGGUUGGGCUAUCUUGCACUGCAGACUCUCGUGAUGCCCGCAUUAGUAUUAGAGGUGCUCUACACAAACUGCAAUCUGCAAGAGACAGCCUUCUUAAACCAGGUCCUAGUGAGAAAACUGAGAAUUAGUAAUCAAAGAUGGCACUAAUGGGUGAAUGGUAUUUGCAAGAGGUAUGUCAGC